AAUAACGGUUGUGAUGAUAUGACUAAAUGAGAAAAGCGGGAAAGUACAACAUUUUAGUCCAAGUCUCUCAGUUUCUUUUGGACUAUCUAGCGACAACAUGGUGUUCCUCGAGGUGAUUUUGGGAGUUAGUCUUUGUUUGUUUGUUUUGGCAAAGUGGUGGCAAUGGUCAUCGCGAAGAUUUUGGAUGGUCAAUGGUGUAUCCUACAUUCCUGGAAUACCAUUUAUUGGUGCUCUCAAAGAGGCAUUUUUAUUCAAGAAGAGCAUUGGUGAACUUAUUCUCGAUCUGUACAAUGAUGAAAAGACCAAAAAUCAACCCAUUUCUGGAUUCUACUUCUUCCACAAGGCCAGCCUUAUCAUCCGUGAGCCCGAACUCAUCAAGCGGAUUUUGGUGAAAGACUUCAAUUUCUUCCAAGACAGGCGUGUGGCAACUGAUGCCCAAUCAGAUACAAUUGGGGGCAAUACAAUGCCUCUGAUCAAGGGGGAAAACUGGAAGAAUAUUCGAUCAAAUAUUUCUCCCAUUUUUACUGGAGUCAAAAUGAAGAAUUUCUACUUGCUGCUGAAGGAAGUUUGUGAAGUAUUUGAGGAAAAGUUAUCCCGUGAAAUAUGUAUUGAGAAACAGUAUGACAUUAAGGAACUUUCUGGUCAUUUAACAGUCGAUAUGCUGGCUAUUUGUGCCUUUGGGGUAAAUGCCAAUUCCCUCAAUAACAGCCAAUCUCAGUUCUAUGAGCAAGCUAGAUCUAUAUCCAAUUUCACGUGGAGACGUGCCAUCAACUUUUGUGGUUGUUUCUUCUUUCCUGAACUAGCAUCCUUCCUCAAGUUCACAAUGUUCCCUGAUUCCGUCAACAAUUUUAUGCGUGACAGCAUUAAUUAUGUGAUCGAGCAGAGGGAGCAGAGUGGUACAAAACGCAAUGAUUUAAUUGAUGUUCUCAUUACAAUGAAAAAUAUGCGAAAGGAUAUAUUUCACGGGGAUAUUUUGGUGGCUCAGGCUGCGGUGUUUCUUGCUGCUGGAUUUGAGACAACAGCAUCAGCUACAUCCUUUGCUCUUUACGAACUCGCCAAACACCAGGAUAUUCAGGAGAAUCUUAGGAAGGAGAUCCUUGAAGAACUAAGAAACCAUGGCGAAGUAUCGUACGAGAGGAUAAAUCAAAUGGAAUAUCUGCAAAUUGUUGUUCUUGAAACCCUCCGAUUGUAUCCAACAUUGCCAUUUCUGGACAGAGUUUAUAUGCCAACGGGGGAUGAGUUGUACUCUUUGGAGCCCUACAAUAAAUUUUGCAUCCCCCCAGGGAUGCCCGUCUACAUUCCCGCCCUGGCAAUCCACCGUGACCCGAAAUUCUACCCAGAUCCCCUCAAGUUCAACCCAGAGAGAUUCCGCAAUUGUGACAAAAAUUCACUCAAUCAAUACCUUUUUCUGGCAUUUGGUCAAGGUCCACGGGGAUGUAUUGGGGCACGUUUUGGUAUGUUUCAAGUCAAGCUGGCCAUUAUCUCGGUGUUAAAGAACUACCAAGUGGAUUGCUGCGAAGAAACACCACCAGCUAUCAGGAUGGCCAAGAAGUCAUUAAUUAUGCAAUCAGAAGAUCCCAUCAAUUUGGUAUUCAGGAAGCUGUAACAUGUGGAGGAAAACUUUAAGGGUUUCUUCUCUGUUCCAAACUUUCUAACCUUUUUCCCUGUUUUUUUUUUCUUUUUGCAAUUCUUCCUUUGAGAACAUAAAGCAAUAAAUAAAAUCCGUUUGUUUAAGUUGAAAGAGUAUAUAGUGGUUUAUUUAAUUGAAUUAUGAUAAUAUGUAAAUAUAAUAUUUGAUAUAAUUUUUCA